AUGUAUUGCCUACUUUGUCGAGAAAGCAGUAAACUAAUUUCUAUAAAUAGUCCCUACGGACAUAAUAAUCACAAAAUUGGAGACUAUUUUAUCGAAAUGUAUGGGGAAAAGGUUAAACACUGCUUAACAUCUGAUAGUUGCGUUUGUAAUGUAUGUUUAAACAUCUUAGAAAACGUAGUUAAAGUAUUGAAACUUAUUUGGAAUGUAAUAUCUCAUCCAGACAAUCCGGCAUAUUUAUAUUCAAACUCGACUAAACUGAGCAGAUUUUUGAAAACAAUUGCGUCUUUGAGAUUAGAAGACGACGACAUAACCGAUGAACCGGAGGAUAGCAUUUCGACAAAUGAUUUGGUUAUCAACAGUUAUUGUACACCUUAUCACGAACAUUUGGAAAUGAUAAAUCAAGAAAAGGAGAGAUUGAAAAGUUUAAGUGCUACUAAUUUUACUAAGUCUACAAGACAUCCCGAAAGUGCCGUUUGUAGCGACGAUGAAAACAACCGUGAAAAUAAUUUGAGCAGGCUGUCCAGAUCAGAUACACCCUAUAGUGAAAUUUCUAGGUACACCAAAAGCCAAUGUUUGCUUGACAGAAGCCAUAACGUAAACAUAUCGGUGCAACGUAGACCAUCGUCCAGUGACGAGAGCGAUGAUGAUAGUGGUGGCGAGAUCAAUCGUGAAAUUCAUAAUUUGAGCAGGCUGUCCAGGUUAGAAACGUGUACCCCUCGUAGUGAAGCUACUUGUUACACCACAAGAGCUUCGACAAGUAAAUCGAGGGCAGAAGAAGAAAAAUAUCACAACCUUUUUUAUUGUCAAGUACUUAAUUGUAAUAUGUAUAGUACUACUGUUGAGAACUUGAAUUCCCAUAACAUUGCCCAGCAUGGAAUGUUUAACGAAUACAAUUGCAUUGUUUGUCCACUUGCCUAUACAACAUACCAACUUCUUAAUAAUCACAUUUUCGAUCGUCAUUUGUUCUGCACCGAAUGCCUCCAAAAAAAGAAAAUGCGCAUAGUACAUUUUAACAACAUCGAGGAAUUGAAUGAACAUUUGAGAAAAAGACACAAAAAGCCCAAAGUAAUUCAAUGUCACGACUGCGGAAACAAAUACACUACCGAAUAUGUUGAGAGUCUACAUAAAAUGAAAUGUCACAUGUUCACGGUGUUUUGCCUAUUUUGCGGUAAGAGCCAUCAACACGCCACGGAAUUACAGAAGCAUAUCGACCAACAUAUGAUGCAUUCAAUAGAAUGCGGCUACUGCGACAAGUCGUUUUUAAGUUCGGGCGCGAAGGAAGAACACGUCUUUAAAAUGCACAAAGGCAAGAAAAAGAUGAAAAUUUAUAACGAUAGCUUAAUCUUGGACCAAAAAAGUUACGACGAUGAAAACAGUGAGGAAUUAAAUUACAAUAAAGAAGAAAAACAUUAUGAAGCAAGGUAUUUGGUUCAAUGCGGUUUAGAUAUGACUAUUGAAAAUUUGAAGAUUCAAAAUCUCCCUGUUUAUACGAGCGAGGGUACCGGUCUUAUUUUGGAAGGGUUUUCUGAAGAAUGUAGAGAAUCUGAUUUAGUAUCAGAACCAAUAAGUGAAAUAGAACUCGGUGAUAUCCAAAAUGAAUGUACUGUUGAAAACGAUUUGAUUGAAGUCCACAACAACGAGUUGGAUGUAAAUACACUUAUUGAAGAAACGUAG